GAACAACAUUAAACGUUCACAAUACAGUGUGCUACUGGAAAAGAGAGAAAAACUAAAAUGCUGUGCCAGAAUGAGAAUCGCGAGCUAUCCACUAGAAGAGAGGGAGCCUCUCCCAGGCCGUCUGCCUCCCUCCUUACACUCCACGGAUAUACCUCUUUUAUAGCCAAAAAUCCUCCCCUACUCAUGCUUCUUGGACGGUAUAAAUUUAUCUCCAGGGGUCCUCCACUUUUCUCAAAAGAAUAUGUGCAUUUCCUUUCCGGAAAAUGAUACUCGAACAACGAAAUUUGACAACAUUUGAACACGGCACACGUGUCAGCGUACGAGCGGUCCACGUUUUAAAGAGAAAAGCUGCUGCAUUCUGAGAAAACCUGCUGCAAGUGUGACGUGGCGAGGGACGGGCACGGGCAGCUUAGGGUGUGCGUUCCAAAUUUGAAAUGAUAUUCGAGUAGAGAGAGAAGCGGCGCGAACAUUGGAGACGCUCAAACGUGACCUAGACAGAGAGACGAGAGAGUUGGAGAAAGGGUUCACGAGCGAGAGAGAGAGACGGAGUGGUUGCCGGAGUGCCGCCGUUCACUGUCGAAGGUCGUGUCGGAGAGAUCGAACGCCUCCAGCCCGUUCCGUUUCAGGGGCGCCGCAGGUCCGACGUCGACCGGUCGAAGCGAACACGGCAUCGUGUUCCGUCCGUUCCGGCCCAGCGACUUAGGGAGGCGUUGAAGGUGUCGCUUCGUCCCAGCUGCUUCCGUCCCUGUCCCGGAGUGUCGCCGGAGUGCCGCCGGACCUUUCUUCUAAAGAUAUUGCCGUCAUGAAGAGGCGGAUAUCAAAUGUUCUUGAACCUGGGGAAACGGUUUUGCAAGCCUUGAGAAGGCUAAAAGGUAACAGUGACAGAAAGGCAAAAAUGUCUGCUGAGACUAAGGUUGUAUUUGACCAGCUAACUGAGGAUGCUAUGAAGCUGAUGGAGAAUGGUGAAUACACGAGAGGUUUUUGAUCGUGAAGCGGAAGGAUAUGAGAAGUUAGCCCGGGCAAAAGAAGGUCCAUCAAAUCAACAUUUGGCUAGUGGAGAAGCCUCUAGCACUGGUGAAGGUGAUUAUGAUAUGUUUGCUGACGAGGAUGAUAACAGUAAGCCAUCUACAGAUGAAAAUAAUACAGUUAGUCAAUCUUCAUCGGACGCCAUAAAUUCUGGCACUGAGGGUGGAGCAUUGCAAAAUGAUUAUGUGUAUGAUGAAUCUUCUGGUAGAAUAACGAUUGGAUACUGUCAAAGACUUGGAGCGCAUCAUUUGGCUGUCAGCAUCGAGAAGAGAACGCCCAUCCAACAGCAAGCCAGGACGCUCGUCCAGCGCGCAGCGCAGAGGACGCUCGGCCAGCGCUCAGAGAAGGCUCGUCCAGCGCGCAGAGGACGCUCGUCCAGAAAGUGGACGCUCGUCCAGAGAGCGGAGAUCGCUCGCCCAGCUAGCGGAGAACGCUCGCCCAGACGCUUGUCGCCCAGAGGGGACGCUCGUCCAGCGCGCAGGGGACGCUCAUCCAGCGCGCAGAGGAGGCUGCGCAGAGGACGGUCGUCCAGCAAGUGGACGCUCGUCCAGAGAGCGGAGAUCGCUCGCCCAGCUAGCGGAGAACGCUCGCACAGACGCUUGUCGCCCAGAGGGGACGCUCAUCCAGCGCGCAGCGGACGCUCGUCAAGCGCGCAGAGGAGGCUCGUCCACCAAGUGGACGCUCGUCCAGCAAGUGGACGCUCGUCCAGAAAGUGGACGCUCGUCCAGUAAGUGGACGCUCGUCCAGAGAGCGGAGAUCGCUCGCCCAGCUAGCGGAGAACGCUGGCCGAGCUGGCCGAGGACGCUCGUCCAGACCCUUGUCGCCCAGAGGGGACGCUCGUCCAGCGCGCAGAGAGGAGGCUCGUCCAGCGCGCAGAGGACGCUCGUCCUAUCAACCAUUUACAGCAGAUAUGUGGUGUGCUACGACUGUCUCAUUUUUUGUGAUUGGAAUUGUUAUAUGGAUUCUUGAACACCGUGUCAAUAGUGACUUUCGUGGUCCUCCUAAGAAGCAAAUUGUAAUUAUUAUGUUAAUGUACGCUUUUGUAGCGUCAUAUGAUAACCUUUUACGGCCAGUUUAUUGAAUUUGGUGCAGCAAUAGGUGCCCCAAUGUUCAUCUUUUGUUUAAGAUUCUAAAUCCAUUUAACGAGUUAUUGAUGAU